GGAGCUACCAGCGACAACGAAAUUCGACACAGAUACGACAUAUAUUGUGCGCAUACUGCGGGCUAUAACUCAACAUGCCUCGAGUAGCUCAGCAGCCCAGAACUGCUGGUAGCAGAAAUGUAUCAAGCGGGGCACCAGCAACCCCGUUCAAAUCGCAGGUCAAAAUCCCUCUAAAUGAUGAUGUACAGGAAAAAGCGAAGAGAUUGCAGUCGAGACAUGCGCUCCAUGAUAUUCAAAUGAACCAGAUCAAAGCCGCAGCAUCACCAAUGCGGAAACUUAGCAGCUACGAGCGCGCAAAUAGCGCAUCGCCCUCUUCGAAUCCAAGGACGCCCGCCCGGCGGACAGCGAAUCGUGGUAAGGAAAACGAUAUGGAUGAAGAUAUGAUCAAUGUUGGUGGAACAGCAGUUACGCCCAUGAAGAGGGUGCCUAUCCUUGCGAACUUUGAGGAAUGGAUGAAGAUGGCCACAGACAACAAAAUCAAUGCGACCAACUCCUGGAACUUUGCUCUCAUCGAUUACUUCCACGAUAUGACGCUGCUAAAGGAAGGUAAUGGGGUAAAUUUCCAGAAGGCCAGUUGCACGCUGGAUGGCUGCGUCAAGAUCUACACAAGCAGAGUCGACAGUGUAGCUACGGAAACGGGAAAGCUAUUAAGUGGUCUUGCUGAUAGCGGUAAUAACAAGAAAAAGCGGGCUGGAGCAGAAGGAGAAGAAGGGGAAGUGAGCGAGGAAGAGGUCGAAGAUGAAGAUGGGACAGUGAGGAGGAAGCCAAAGAAGAAGGCCCAGAGGUCCUCGGAAGCCACAUUAGCUCCGUCGUUUGCUCCACUACAACUGAAGAAGUUCGAGCUCGAGUUUUCUGUCGAUCCGCUGUUUAAAAAGGCGUCAGCCGACUUUGAUGAGGGAGGUGCCAAAGGGUUACUCCUCAACCACUUGUCUAUCGACUCCCAGGGCCGAAUUGUUUUUGACAGCAGCGAUGACGCAGGUGAUGCAUCCGCCGAGGGUAGAGGAAGGCAAAGGAAAGGCGACACUAUCGAGGAAGAAGAGGAGGAGGAGACACCGGAACCAAGCUCGUUGCUAGAAGACACCGCCAAGCUAGAGGACGACGAGGAAGACGCUGAGAUUGACAUCGCUUCCUUGGGCGCCAAAUUCUUCCCAGACCUUGAUCGCCUUGAGGAGCAAGAUAUUUGCCCCUCUCUGAAGAACUUCGAUCUCGGCGACCCUUCUGGAUCGAUGGACAUUCCAUUCCUGAAAGCACCUGAUGAUUGGCGUCAAGAUCGUGAAAAGACAGCCCAAGCAGGCGAAAUUGGCGAUACUUCCGGCGUCUUCCUCGACGAUGACAACCCAGCUGGGUUUGAUGAUGACGAUGACGGACUGCUUGGCAACUUUAAUAUGCCCGAUGCAGGUUUCGGUGAAGGUGGCGAGGCAUGGGCUAGAGAUGCUGCCAUAGAACCCCAACUUCGAGUCCAUGAUAAUGGUGAAGGGAUGGAAGGGGCAGAGGGCGAAGAUGGAGCAGGAACUUUUGAUCCGGAAAGUGGAGAAUUCAUUGUGUCUCUCAACCGCUCGAAAGGCGCCAUGGAAGGCGGCCACGAAGACAUCCUGAGCUAUUUCGACCAGGCACUUCAAAAGAACUGGGCUGGCCCGGAGCAUUGGCGUAUACGAAAAAUCAAGGACUCCACCAAGGCAGUUACUGCCCCCAAGGCUCGCAAGGAGAAGGAGCCAUUCGAAAUUGACUUUAUGUCGACACUCGACCAAAGCCUUGCUGAAUCGAUAUACACACCUGCGAGCUCCAACACCGUCAUUUCUAUGCCCAAGAAAGAUUGGAAAUCCAAGACCCGGAAUCUCCUCCCUGACGACAAGCACUUCUCCUCAAAGCAACUUUUACGCCUCUUCCUGAAGCCCAAAGCACAAAUGGGCUCCCGUCGACCCGGGCUUGGUAACAAGCUCGGCAGCUUUGGACAAGCUAUUAAGAAGGAAGAGGAAGUGCCUGAAGGCGAGAUGGAUGAAGCUUUCUGGGCACAGAAAGAAGACCCUAUUAUUGCUGGGGCUGACGAGGAGGCUCCCAAGGGCAAUUAUGACGCGAAUUUCUUCCAGGACGAUGGAAUGCCAAUGGGUGGUAUGGACGAUGACGAUGAAUUUGCUGAUGCAAGAGACCAUUUCUCACCAGGCCCAGAUGGUAAUGGCAACGAGGGAGGAAUGGCUGGCAUCAAUAAUCUCCUUGGCGGUGGUAUGAUGGGUAGCCAAGGCACUGAAGGAGAAGGUGCAUUUGGGACCCAGCUUGUAACCCAGAGUCGAAGAUUGCGGCCAGAAUAUGUGCAGUAUGCCCGUGUUGCUAAGAAGGUGGAUGUCAGGCGGCUGAAGGAGGAGCUGUGGAAGGGUAUGGGUGUCAAAGGUCUUCAUUCGGAGGAACCACCGGACGCGUCAGGUCGACUGCCUACACCAGUAUCCGAGACUGAAGAGAAAUCAGAUGAGGUUCUGCAGUUCACCAAUGUCAUGCAAAACCUGCAAACAGUAUACCCGAAGCAGGCCAUGAGCGACAUCUCGACAAGCUACUGUUUCAUUUGUCUGCUACAUUUGGCGAAUGAAAAGGGGCUUGUCAUCGAGAAGCAAGAGGGUCUGGCAGAGCUGACGAUUCGGAGGGAUCAUACGGCUGAGAUCACGGUUGGUGGGGGUUGAGUAGGCUCAAGGCUGGCGCCACAUGCCGUUUAUGUUGCAAUGAAUUUAAUAUGUAAAUGGUUGCUUUGGGUUGGAGUUUGGGGGGGGGUACUAUGGUUGUACAAAGGGUUGAGGUCGCAAGGAUUGACUGGUAGGAGGGGGGCAUUUUGGUUUUAAUGAAGCAUGAGACAUCUGUAUUAAGGUUUAACUGAUCCAAUCACGUUGUGUGUGGUAGACUUGAAAUUGUUCUCAGGUGAGAAAAUAUAAACAUAAUAUCGC